UUGCUCAAUGAAGCUGACUGUACCUUGAGGGGCCAGUGGUGACAGUGACGUGACUGUGCUCAGCUGGAUGGGGCUGCUGUGUGUCUCUGAGUGUUGACUUCAAGACAGCCGAGAGCUCAAGCACAGCGGGCUAUACUAAACUUGCACUCUCUCCAAAUAACGACGGCUUGGCCGGAAAGACACUGAAUGAUGGAAUAUGCCAAGAGGUCGCUUGGUCUGUUGUCUCCCACCUCCCUCUCAAAAUGCGUGACAGCCAGCGUCAACGCCAGUGCCUCCAUGACCCAGCAGCUCUUCACGGGGCUGAACUCGCGACCCCGGCCCUUCCGGGUCUCCAAUGCUGACCGAAGCGUGAAGAAGGGCAUCAUGGCUGACAGCCUGCGCGAUCUCCUGGACAAGGCUGCCGAUGCCCUGCAAGUGAGCUGUACAAGCUCCCUGGUGCUGGAUGAGGAUGGAACUGGGGUGGACACAGAGGAGUUUUUCAUUACCCUGGAGGACAAUGCUGUCCUCAUGAUUUUGGAAAAAGGACAGAAGUGGACACCACCACUCCACGGUCCACAGAGGGCACCUUCCAGUGACCGCCACCCCCGCCACAGAAAGGAUGUGGCAAAGCUGACCUUUGACCUGUACAAGACCAACCCCCAGGAAUUCAUUGGCUGCCUUAAUGUGAAGGCCACGCUGUAUGGAAUGUACUCCAUCUCGUAUGACCUGCGCUGCUACAGUGCGAAGAGGAUGCUGAAGGAAGUGCUGCGAUGGACGCUGUUUUCCAUGCAAGCCACGGGCCACGUCCUGCUAGGCACUUCCUGCUACAUGCAGCAGCUCCUGGAUGAGGAGGAGAAGGCAGAGGCAACAGCCGUGCUGCCCAGCCUGAGGAAUGGGAUGCGAGCUAUCCAAUGGGGACGGACCCAGUGCUGAAUGAAGCAAAGCUGGCAGAAGCAUGGGAGGGGUGCUGGUUAUUGGAUGGACACACUAGGACCUUGGCUACCUGGAGGUGGAAGACCAUGCAGCAGAGGGUCCUGACUCAUGGCAGCUUGGACCAGGUGGCCACUGUUCUGGAGUGGUGUGGCUCAACUCCAGUAAUCCUAUGUACUUUGCAGCUGGAACAUUGCCUUGGGUGUGUGUGUGCGCGCUUCUGGAUUUCACAGGAAGGUGUAGAGAAGUUAACUUGUUUAUGCAUGUUAAUCUGUUCCCUGUGCUCACCAUCUAUUUAUACUUUUUUUUUGUAUUCAUAUUGACUGCUGCUAUGUGCAAAAUGACCAAUAAAAUGUUACACUGGGA